AUGCAACAAAUGCAUAUAUAAAUAGGCUUAAAUAAACUUAAAACUAAUCUUAAUGAUAAUUAAUAAGAGUAAGCUGAUAAAAUUGCUUUCAAUAAGGAAACUGUUAUUGGUUUAUUUUAAGCUCUUCUUAUGGCCUAAUCUGACAAUCAACAUCAUAGAUUCUAUGCUUAAAUUUUUUCUCUUAGUAAAAAUCUUCAAAUUGCUAUUGAAAAAGGAUUAAUUAGAAAUGAUUGGAAAUUUAGACUGAAUAUUAUUGGCCCCAAUAUUCUAUAUAAUCAAAUCACACCAGUUCAAUUAAUGUCUCAGGAAAUCAAUGAAGCUUGCUUGAUAGAUCUCAACUUGAAGUUCUAUAUUAAGAAAAUAUGA